AUGUACGGCGACUACGAUAUUCAGACCGCUGAUAGAAGUCAGGUUUCGAGACCACCUGGCACGAUGACUCCAGCUCCGUUUGCAUCGGGGAUGGUGGGGGCGGUGGCAGUGUUUGGCAUGCUGGCACCAGCUGCCGUGGACGGACAUGGCUUCGUCAUCGAGCCAAUCAGCCGGCAAUACCUGCGAUCACAAGAAUUUAAUGACGGCUACGUGCACUCCGUAGAGAGGUGGGCGGGAUCCUUCAACGGAGGAGGUGCUGACGCGGUCCAGGCCCGAACAAUCGACAACAUCGAUCCUGACAUCCUUGCCGACUACGGUGGCGGCGACGUCUGGAUCGUGGGGGCGGCUUGGGACAAGGGGGAGAGGUGCCCGAACAACAACUACCUCGAGAGCGACAAGAUUGCCGUCGGACACGGCGUGUGCGGGGACCCUCCCCAGGGCGGCUUGGACAACCCGAACACGUACAGCACUUCGAACACCCUCUGGCGUCCGAUCUCGACGUACACGUCGGGAUCUAUCAUCGAGCUCAAGGCCGUCAUCAACAACAACCACUGGGGGCACAUCGAGUACUUCCUCUGCGACACCGCUGACAUGGACGACCCUGACGACGUGGUUACCCAGGACUGCUUGAACAUGUACCCGCUCGACCGUGACGAGACCGAUGGGUGGAACAGCCCUAUCGACCCGGACUACCCCGGGCGUUUCUUCGUGAACCCCGAGUGCCGCGGUCAAAAUGAAGAGACCGACCAAUCAGGCAGGCCCGUGCUCAGCGGUGGCGAUAGUGGCCUGGACAACGGCUACAUCAACGUUGGACGUUACCAUCUGCCGAACAUCCAGUGCGACCACUGCGUCCUCCAGAUGAAAUACUACGCGUACGUCGGGUGCCACCACCCCGGCUACCACGAAUUCGAGCCCGAGUGGCCGGGAGAGUGCGCGCCGGACAAGGAGGAUUGGCUGCCGCACAAGAACCCCGGUUGCAGCGACGAAGGCCAGAAGUGGGGCAACGUGUUCUUCGGCUGCUCCGACAUCACUCUGGUGGCCGACGGCGAAAUGCCCACGGUUCCCGAGCCAACGCCGGAGCCGACGCCCGAGCCAACUCCCGAACCGACGCCUGAGCCUGAGCCCACUGCAGAGCCCGAGCAAACAGUUGCUGCUCCUGUGUACGAAAUGCCCGUAACCUUGCCGGUCGAGGCAAGUUACUCGUACGUCGGCUGCUUUGCGGACAACAAGCACGACCGAGUGUUCGAGUACAUGAGGACUUCGUUCACCAUGACCACCGCGGUGUGCCUCGAGUACUGCUUGGAGAGGCGAGCCACCUACAUGGCUACCCAGUACGGAAUCGAGUGCUGGUGCAGCGUCGACGCAGAGACCGAGUACGACCGCCACUCCGAUGGCGUGUGCGAUCACGCGUGCGGCGGGGAUGAGGCGGACUAUUGCGGUGGCUUCGACGCUUUCGACCUCUACAAGAUCACGGAACCGAGGGAACCCACGGGCGACGAGUACGUGGGGUGCUUCGCCGACAACCCGGAAGACUGGGUGUUGGGCGGCGAGAUCAAGUCGCAGCCCGACAUGACCCAGGCCGUCUGCCGCACGUACUGUGAGGACCUCGACGCCAACUUCUACGCGACACAGAACGGCGAAGAGUGCUGGUGCGGAAUGUCCGAGGAAGAGGAGGACUACACGAGGAGCGGGCGGGGAUCAUGUCUCGCGGGCUGCUCCGGUGACCCUGCGGUCGCGUGCGGUGGGUUCAACGCGUUCAACUUGUUCAAGUUCGGCGGAACCCGUUAG